CAUAAACUCAAGUUCAGGGCGUAAAAUCUCAUUAUCGUUCCGUGCUCGUGCCGUGACUGGUGUGCUUCCGAUGCUGGUAAGUUUCUGAAUUAGGAUCGAGAUGUGUGGAACUUAGUGCAUUGUGUUAAAGUUUGUCAUUAUUCUGAAGGAAACGGUAACUUCAACCCAGGCGCAUAAUUUCAGCCAAGGAAGUCCAGCUUCUUUCCUUCCGAGUAUAAUUUAAAUGUCCAGCUGCAUGAAUAAGAGAAUAAAGUGAUGAUGAUGAUGAUGAUGAUGAUACUCUUUUCUCGUAGUCAUCUGUUCGUGCAACACUGAUUAUAGCCUAGAAAUGAAGUGACGUGAAUAUUUGCAUUUUGUCUUAGAAAUGAUUAAAAAAGUGUGACGGUGCAGAAAUUGAAAGAAAAUUGCGUUUCUAGCUGAAGAUGAAUUUUCACUAGAAGAGAGUCUAGUAUAGACGAAGCAGGAGUGAAACUUAAAGCAGACUAACGGUUUUUCUGUGUCCACCCUCUCUCGGUGUAUUACUGUGUAGGAAGGAAAACACUACGAAAACGAUAACCACUACUUCGUGAGUGGAAUUACGAAACUUGAGCCGAUAUUUCCGCGUACCAUCGAGCAUAUGCGUCUAUGGAAAAUGUGUUAUCUGUAAAAACAGGAGGAAUAGGCAGCGAAAAAAAAAAUAACGAAGGCAAAUUCAAUCAAAUAAUCACCACGACGACGAGACAGCGGAUGUGCGAAGGGAAGAUAGUGUUUACGAAUUCGGGGUGUGAAUACUAAGAAUCCUACACUGUGAAGUGCAGUUCAUUUGAUCAGAAGAGUCCGGAUUAUUGUAGAUUCCAGUUAAUCAGUGCCACGGUUAAGUUGAUUGGAAACGUCAUAUCGCAGUUUGCCGAAGGAAUGAUUCGCGUCGGGAUGGAAACAUUCUAAUGGUCAAUCAUCAGCAGCAAGGAUGACCCAAAACUGGAUAAAUUAUGUUACAUUUCCACCACCCAAACCCAACCCCGAGGGAUAUGCACGCACAGCCUAGUAGUUAGAGUCGGAAGUAAGACUCCAUCCAUACCUCGCUCCGUGCUUUUUCACGGCACACCUGGACCAACACCGUACAGAGUGAGGAAGACACUCCUGUCGCCGAGCUUAACACAGUCGGAUCGUACUCCAUAUCCAGAUCAUACGUACGAGCUAUACGAACAAAUUGCCUGAAGGAGAUAUCUCAACUGGUUCUUCAGAUGUUGCUCUAGAGUAGCUGUGGCCUCCGGUUGAAAAGGAUACACACCCUCUCGAUAGCCAAUAACGCGCUCCGUCGUGGGACAACCGCUUGGAGGACAUCUGGGAAAUGUUUCCCCAUCACCUGUCCUGCUGCCACUACUGACCACUCCCUCCAUUUGGCUAUGGAAUGUUGGAAACACUCACAGUCAUUCAGUUACGUUUGAGUCGUUGACGGCCGGUAGCAAGCAUCAGUUUGCCCGUGGAUCAGAGAGGUGCUAUAUUUUUUUAUAUGGAAAACUUGUUAAAUGUUCGAUAGCGUUACGAAGUGUGGUAAUUGAGUCUUUUCAUUCGAAAUCGAAAUUGAAGCAGGUGUGUAACAACAUGGAUAGUAGUAAUCUAACGUACUUUCUGACUGCGGGUGGUUUGUUUGGUGAGAACUCCUCAGUCAGCGAGUUGUCAGUGGAUGCAACGGAUGACACAGGAGGAAAUGACACAUUUCCUCGUUCCAACUUCACCUGCCCCUCGACGGAUAUGCCAACCACGUACACUGUCUUCAUGAUACUGUACGCCGUCGUGUGUCUGGUCGGUGUGAUGGGCAAUACGUUGGUAAUCUAUGUGGUGCUGCGAUUUUCUAACAUGCAGACGGUGACCAACAUGUACAUUCUGAACCUGGCGAUUGCGGACGAGUGCUUCCUGAUCGGUAUUCCGUUUCUGAUAGCAACGAUGCACAUGAAACGAUGGGUCUUUGGCGGUGCAAUGUGCAAAGCAUACAUGGUCAGCACAUCGAUUACGCAAUUUACCUCGUCAAUAUUUCUGUUCAUCAUGUCCGCUGACCGCUACAUUGCCAUUUGUCAUCAUAUCUCAUCGCCCAAGUACCGGACGCCACUGGUAUCGCGUGUAGUCUCAGCACUGGCAUGGCUAGCAUCGGCUCUAAUCAUGCUACCAAUAAUGAUAUACGGUGACAUCAUCGAGCUGCAACCCAACAGCUACUCGUGUCAAAUCGUGUGGCCUGAAUCGCACGAACACAUACCCGGAUACACGUUCACACUGUACUCGCUGAUUCUGGGAUUUGUUGUGCCACUGUGCUUCAUAAUGACAUUCUACUGUCUUGUGAUACGUAAACUUCGGAACGUAGGCCCCAAAACGACGAACAAAUCACGCGGAAAACGACGUUCACACCGAAAAGUAACGAAAUUAGUACUCACCGUGAUUACCGUCUAUAUCCUCUGUUGGUUACCGUACUGGAUUUCACAGGUAGCCCUAAUUACUUCUCCGGAUGGGUCCUGUAGUACUCGGCUCGAUAUCAUCCUCUUCCUGCUGGUCGGCUGCUUAGGCUACAUCAACUCAGCUAUCAAUCCCAUCCUGUAUGCAUACCUUAGUGAAAAUUUUAAGAAAAGUUUCAUGAAGGCUUGCACUUGUGCCGCCCGAGCUGAGGUAAAUGCCCAGCUAAAACUAGAAAAUAGUGUCAUGCCGAAGCGGUCCCGUACUCGGACCAACUCUGACACGACCCAACUUACCACAUCGAAAGUUCAACAUCGGCUGUUGAUCGACCCGACCACGACAGCCACCACGACAACCACGGCAGCAUCUACCGUGUCCUCACGGAAUCCCAGUCCACCUGUUGUCCAAAGGAGCUUAAUGAAUAAUAACAAUAACAACAAUAACCUCCACCACAACAGCAGUAGCGGGAACAAUGUGAAAAAUUGUAACAACGACGAACAGCAGCGGACGGCCAAUGCGACGAAUAACAGUAAUCUAUCGGCACCGAAUGCUGUCAAUAGUAACAAUAGUGUAGGUGAAUUAGUGCAAUUGUCUUAAAUAUUAAUUAAAUAGAACGGCUACGAAAAUUUAUCGUUAUUAGCACCUACAUAUAGAUUAAACAUACACAAUGAAAUAUGACUAUAGGAGAAAUCAAUUGUACAUUAACACUAGUGUCAUAAAUCAAAUGCGGCAAACAAAGUGAGAGAUAAAUACUGUACAUAAAUUAGAGGUAUAAAUUUGAAAUUUAUUGAACAAAAAUAGGAUAGGUAUUCCGGGGCCUG